AUGUCCAAUCACAGCUCCCGCCUCCCCACCAGACGAAAUUCCUUCCAACCCUCUUUGGAUUCACCACCAGCCGACGCCGUCAAACCUGAUUUCCAAGCAAUAGAUGACGUUUACAAUCAAGUGGCUUCAACGGGAAGUCUCGAAGCUGCCGCUAGGAAAUUGAGGAGGUUCGCUUCUGCUCAACGAAAACAACCAAGUUUACCGUCUAGGGAAAGGAUGGUAGAGUUAGAUCCGGAAGAAGAAGAGUUGAGAAGGUAUAGAGCUGCAGCUGGGAAGACUCCAGCUAAACCUGCAGCUCAGAUUGUUGGUCAAGAGCAGGAUAUAGAACAAGAUGAAGGAUUGGUACAUAUGAACGAAAUUAUCAAAGGGCUUUGGAUUGGGGAUUUGGUUGGUGCUAUGGAUAUACCUGGAUUGGAGAAGAGGGGUAUCACUAACAUCCUCUCACUUCUCCGGCCUUCACUCCAAUUCGAACCUCAAUUCGCUCAUUACCCCGUUGAAAUCGACGAUUCACCCGAUACGGACAUCCUCACCCAUUUACCUUCUUGCGUAGCUUGGAUAGAAGAGGCUUUAUCUCAUUCAUCUCCUCCAAAAUCUGAUAUUCACCAUGACGAUUCUAUCAACUCUCAAUCUGACCCUUCUAAGCUCAGCCCGCCAAAGAACAAACAUAUCCCAGCGUAUCCACCUUCGGCCGGUCGGACGAAACCUGGUGGUGUAUUGGUUCAUUGUCAAGCUGGUGUAUCUAGGUCAGCUACUGUCGUAGCUGCUUAUUUGGUUCAGACAUUAGGUGUUGAUCCUGUUGAAGCUGUUGAGUUGAUACGACAACGUCGACCUCAAGUUGAUCCGUCCGACACCUUUUGGCAUCAAUUGGGACUCUUUUACAACGCAUCAGGUCGUGUUUCCUUAAAAGACAAAUCCACCCGUCGUUGGUAUAUGGAACGUACAACCAGUCAAUUCAUGAAUGGAGAUGGUUCACCACCAAUGUUAAGUAACAUUGCUAGAUUUCCAAUCACACCAACAGCCAGUAAUCCACCUACACCUCAUGGAGUAAUCGGUCGAAGGAAAAUACGUUGUAAAAUGUGUCGAAGACAUUUAGCAGUUAGAGAACAUAUGAUGGAUCAUAUCUUUGAUCAAAAUCCUCAAAGUCGACCUCGAACACCUUCCAAUGGUAUUCUUCAUCUUGAUCAUAUAACAAAUUCUUUCGAUUCUAUUGGAACUUUAAGUGAUGUCAUCAAUCCUUUAACGGGUAAAUCAGAAAAUCAUUCAAGAAGAGCAUCAGCUUCUUCCAUUCCAAAUAUAUCAUCAAAUUCUUCAAUUUCAGAAGAAAUGGAAAUUAGUGGAGAUAAACCUUUAAAGUCUGCACCUAUUUCACCUCAUAUUCCAAUGCCAAGAGCUUCAACAAAUCCUACUGUACCUACACUUUCGACUUUUACCCCCAUAAACAAUCCACAAAAUAUAUCCGAUCCCGUAAUAAACGAACGGAAGGAAGAAGAACAAGGGUCGAUAAUGAUACCUAAAUCUAUUGGUAGAAAAUCAAGUAAAGGUUAUCAAAACUCUGAUCAAUUAGCAUCUCGUUUACCACCAGCUUUAUUAGCUCUUCGUACGGGUGGAAUACCAAUGUCAGAAUCUGCAUUAUCUUCUCCUCUUUCAUCACCGGAUAAAGAUAAUCAAAGUCAAUUCGUACAGGUUAAAAGAAGAUUAUCAUCGACUUUAGCUAUGACCCCAACGGAAACAGGUCAUACGAUAGGAAGAAGAGGUUCACAUCCUCAUACAGGUGGAAGUAAUGUGGGAGAAGGAAUAGGAAUCACUGGAGGAAUGGAAUCUCCUAUAGGUUAUCCCAUUUUGGUCAAUCCUAAAUGUUCAGGAUACUUUGUUGAACCACUCACUUGGAUGGAAGUGUUUUUGAAAGAUGGAGAAGUUAGUGGGAGGAUUAUAUGUCCUAAUGAAGCUUGUAAAGCUAAGAUUGGGAGUUAUGAUUGGGCUGGAAUGCAAUGUGGUUGUAAAGAAUGGGUCACUCCAGGUUUCUGUAUCCAUAGGAGUAAAGUGGACGAGGUAUGGUGA